GAUGCCGCCCUGCGCUACGACAGUCGAUCACCAGGCGUCGCCACCGACGCACGUGUCUAAGCGCUCGGCAAAAUUAUGCCACAGCGUAAAAAUCCGUAUUUUCGAUUCCGACUGUUCAACGGUUAUGUUCGAGUGUCGUCUCUCAACUAUUUCUGUCACUGUGACUAAAAUUAAAUUGUGAAUGUAAGUGUUGGCAAAUGUUCGUUUUGGUUCUAUAUGUUUUGUUUUUUCAGUGAUUUCAGUGAUUCGAAGUGGGUGAUUUGAUUCGUGAAAAGGUUUUUUUACUGUUGUGAAGUGGUGACUGUUCGGUGAGGAUUGGCAAGCGGAUGGGAUUGGCUGAUAUAACCAUUUUUGGGUUCAUACUCCUGGGAUCCAGAAUAAUUAGACUGGAAAUGGCGUGAAAAUGCGAACAACGGAUAAAACCCCGAAGCACACACUCCCUUCAUUCGAAAACGCAUUGGAAACACAAAAUUCAACAUACUCUCUAAGUGAAAAUGUAUGUUGAACUAUCCACAAAGCAUCUGAGAACAGAGAGAGUGAAAAAGAAAAGAGAGAAAAAAUAUCUAAAACAAAAGACUGUGAUAAAGAGUACGAUUCAAAAUUGUUGCUGAAGAAACAAUCGGUAAUGAUGAAACAGGAAGAGUUGGCUGCAAGAAGAAGUCAGGGGAAUAGAAUUUGUAACCAAAGGUUGCAUACGAGGAUAGUGAAGCAAGCGAGAUAAAGACCGCGCCCCAUGGAUCUUCCCAACGGCACCGCCAACGCGACCGGCGGCCACGAUGUGGACCUCUCCUACGCCGUCAUGUUCCAGCUGCGAACCGCCAUCCUGUUGCUUAUCGUCAUCAUGGCCGUGCUCGGGAACCUGCUGGUCAUCGUCAGUGUUAUGCGGCAUCGGAAGCUCCGCGUCAUCACCAACUACUUCGUGGUGUCGCUCGCGUUCGCCGACAUCCUGGUGGCCGUCGCCGUCAUGCCGUUCAACUUCAGCGUGCAGUUCUACCACGAGUGGAUCUUCGGACAGGUGAUCUGCGACCUGUGGAACUCGUCAGACGUGUACUUCACGUCGACGUCGAUCCUGCACCUGUGCUGCAUCUCCGUGGACCGCUACUACGCCAUCGUCAAACCGCUGAAGUACCCCAUCAAGAUGACUAAGAAGAUGGCGUUCGUGAUGUUGGCAGCGACCUGGCUGAGCCCGGUGACGAUAUCCUACGCCCCAAUCUUCAUGGGCUGGUACACCACCGAGGAACACCUCGAGUUCCGCAAGUACAACCCGAGGACCUGUGACUUCAAGGUCAACAAGCCCUACGCAGUCAUAUCCAGCUCCAUCUCCUUCUGGAUCCCGUGCACCAUCAUGAUCUUCACAUACCUAGCCAUAUUCAAAGAGGCGAAUAGACAGGAAAAAGCUUUACACGCCAGAGCCGGCAACGCUAUGUUGAUGCACCGGCAUUCCAGAGAGGUAAAUGACAAGAAUGGAGCGUUGCACAUAAACACGCCGACUAAAGACAAGAAUAUACUAAGGAUGAAGCGAGAGCAUAAAGCCGCAAGGACUCUUGGUAUCAUCAUGGGUGCUUUCAUCCUGUGCUGGCUUCCAUUCUUCCUGUUCUACUUAUCGACAUCCUUGUGUGGUGACGGCUGCGAUCCACCUGAAACGGUGACUGUGAUUAUGUUCUGGACUGGAUACUUCAAUUCAGCGUUGAACCCAAUCAUUUAUGCGUAUUUCAACAGGGACUUCCGUAAUGCGUUCAAGAACACUCUGGCUUGUGCGUUCUGUAGCUUUUGCAGGCGAAGUGCGACGGAUCUGGACGCUUUAGACCGCCUCGACCGGAGAGGGUCAGGUCAGUUGAGAGUUCCUAUGGCCUCUAGACGUGCGUCAGAUUUGACGUCUCUUUGAGUUUCGCCUUACUCGUCUUGAUCAGUGGUGACUGCUGUGUAGUCAAGGCCUAGUGCGGCAACGAAUAGGACAGUUAUGAAGACAGUGAAUCGAAGUGCUAGUGAUAUAAAGAGUUUGGCCUAAUAUUGAUGGGACGUGAGGUCGUGUAGUGAAUCUGUAAAUAAUAGGUUAGUUCAUAAACUGUCUGGGUGUUUUUUAGUGGAUUGGUUAAGUGGAUUUUUGAACUUAUUGCAAUUUAUCAGUUAAUUUAGAUUAAGAAUAAUUUUAUGCAAAGUAAAGCAUAAUUAUAUUAUGUUUUGUCUGUAAGGUACCUAUUUAAGUAAGUUAGGUAUACCUAUUAUAAUUACUUACCAAAUAUGAACAAAUUUUACUUUUAAGUAGAAAAUUUUAAAAGGUUAUUAAUAGGAAUGUAGGUAUUAUCGAAAAUGUUAGACGUAUGGUAUGAUUAAUUUAUCUCAAUCUAAGUGAUUACUAACAACGUACCUAAUAUUGAAACCAAAAAUAAUAAUUAUUAUUCAAUCAACUUUUAAUAUAUCUCAAUGUGUACAGUAGCUAAACAUUUUUGUAAUUUGUCAAAAAUAAGAAACAGUCAAUGUUGGAAUUAAUGAAUAAGGCGGUUUGUAAGUUGGACAAGGUAAAAAGGAUAUACUUAGCUACUUAUAAAACUAACUGUAAGUAGGCAUUCACACCCCCAGAACAAAAGGGCUCAUCUCAAAAUAUCACAAAUUUGAGUUACAAUAUAAAAUUAUUUA